AGAAAGCAAAUACUAAAUUGAAGCUCCACUUUCUCCCUCUCCUUGUUUUUAAAAAAAUUAUCCCCUUUCCCAUCUUUUCAAAAUUUUGGAGGGGAAAUUUCACUUUCAUUUCUCCUUCAAAAAAAUGGAAUCUUCAUCAUCAAUGGGUAAGGAGGGGGAGGAUUGGGAGCUUCGCCAUGACGAAGAUGGCUUCACUUACAAGAUCCUCACCAGCAAUAAAAUGGCCGAGGCCGUUCAGCCUCCUGUCACUGACCGCAAAGCCGAAGAGAGGUGCAGAAAACUACGCAAGAAAAACAUUCUUAUCAAGUUAAAGUCUCAGUACCAAAAAGAGAUUGUUCAGUGGGAACUUUUGUCGAGCACCUUGCUCUCAAUGCAAGACCGAGCUAAUCGGCAGCUUCAAAUGCAAAAAGAACAUCAGAAUUUAGGUCACACAGCGUUGAUUUCGUUGGAAUCGUCCUCUAUGCCUCCACAAGGCAAGGAAAAAACUUAUGGGUCAUUAGUUGAUGAGCUUCUUUUGCAGGCAGAGGCACAAGAAGCUGUAAUAAAUGACAUGACAUACUUAUGUGAUGUAGCAGAAUCAAUGUGCAAUGCUGAACAGGAAUCACUAGCACAAUCAUAUAUUAAUCUACCCAUUUGGUCUUCGCCUCGUAAGCUUAUGGCAGGCCUUCGUGAUGAUGAGUAGGUAGGUUUGUUUGCAGUAGUGUUAUUAUUUUCCUAGUUAGCUUUAGAUUUCAAGAUUGUUUGGAAGAAGAUAGGGUUAGUUAAGGUAUGGGUUUGUAAAGUAGUUGAAAGAAAGGCUUGUUAUGAACCCUUUGUUGUUUAGGGAAAAAGUAAAGUAAAGAAUGGGUUUAUAAGAAAAAAUAUGCUGAAAAUAAAUCUUUAUUUCUCCAAUUUGGUGGAUUCAAAAUUCAUACCUCACCAUUAGAAUCUUCUUUCCAAAUAUCGGCUCGCAAUCCUUACUAACUCUUCACAACAAGUGUGUAUUGAUUCUUAUCUAAGUGCUUGCAGAAGACUUUGCUGUAAUUUAUUCUGUUUGUUGUUGUACAUUUCUUCUUUAUUAAUUAGUCUGACAGUCCCCUUUUUUUA